AUGGCGGCCCUCCGUAGAUGCCUUCCAAGCCAUGUUGCCCGUAGCCUAUUCUCUACUCUCACUUCAUCUGCACCAGACAAACCAACCUUCUCCUCAUAUCGUAAGCUGAGAUCGGCUAUCAAAUCUGAGACCGAUCCUGAAAAACUAGCAGAGAUUUUUCAGAAAUCCUCCAACUUGUCGAUCUUCAAUCGCGAUCGACCUAUGUUCGACCUCUCCAUUGAAAAGCUUGCUGCUUCCGGACGACAGGAUCUCAUCGAAUGGGUCCUCGAGCACCAGAAAUCGCUUACCCAAUCUCCAUUCCUGAAAUCCGAGGGUUUCUGGAUUCGAAUCAUGAUGCUCUACUCCAGCGCCGGUAUGGUCGAUCAAGCCGUCCGUACGUUCGACCAGAUGAAGGAGAUGGGAUGCAAUCGAACCGAAAAGUCUCUCUGCGCGAUUCUUAGCGUUUUCUUGGAGAACCGCAAAUUUGACAAGGUUCACGAAUCGUUCGCCGAGAUCCCACCGAAGAUCGGGGUUUCCCCAAGCGCUGUCUCUUAUAGCCUUGUCCUCAAAGCCUUCUGCAAGGAGAAAUCGCUUCAAUCGCUCGACUCGGCUCGUUCAUUGCUCGAACAGAUGGAAAAAGAAAAAGGGUUAUCACCCGAUAUUACUUCUUAUAAUAUCUUAUUGGGUGCUUAUUUGAAACGUAAGGACGCAACUAAGUUUGAUGAAACUGUGAAGGAGAUCUCCGACAAAGGUCUGCAGCCAAAUUUAACUACUUACAAUCAUAGAAUCUCAAGGUUUUGCAGAGCCAAAGAGUGUGUUAGAGCCAAGAAACUUUUCGACGAGAUGGUUUCAAAGGGUAUUAAGCCGAAUUCGACUAGUUACAACACUCUCAUUCAUGGAUUCUGCAAGGUAGGGGAUUUUGAAUCUGCAAAGAAGGUUUUGGAGAGAAUGUGUUCGGAUAAUGUUGCGCCGACUUCAAUUACUUAUGUUACUAUGAUUCGAUAUAUGGUUGAGGAGGGAGAAUUUGAGUCGGCAUUAGAAAUGUGCAAUGAGUGUAUGAAGAGGAAAUGGGCUCCCCCACUUGAGUCCAUGGAGGGUCUGAUUAAUGGUUUGGUGAAGAGCUCUAAGGUAGACGAGGCGAAGGAGAUUGCCGAAAAGGUGAAGAUGAAGGUUAAGGGUAGUGCUGUGGAUUCAUGGAAGAAAAUCGAAAGUGGUCUUCCGUUAUAG